CAGAUUGCGGCUAAUUUUGUAUAUCAUAAACUUGCCAAACACAUUGAAGUAGAUUGUCAUUACAUCCGGGAUGUCUACGAUUCCAAGGUUGUUGCUCUUUUCCAUGUCUCUACUGCUCAAUAGACUAUAGAUAUCUUCAUCAAAUCCUUGACUCGCCAGCGUCGUAAUUUUCUCCUCGGCAAAUUGAUGCUUGUGGACUCACCAACAUCAAUUUGAAUGGGGUGGGGAUAUUAGAAGCGUGAUUGAUUGAUUAUUUUUACAAUUUUCCUUGUAUAGGCAUGAUUUAGAGCUUUCCUUCUAUAGCUCUCAGUUGUUAUUUUUGUUUCCUUGUAUAUUCAUAUAAACGUCUAUAAAUAAAAGACGAGAAAAGAAGAGAUUAUUCAGCAAAAUUGGCAUCGUAAACAUAUAUAGGUGCUCAACUUGUUUUUUGGUGAAAAUUGGCUAUUCAAGAGGUAGGUCGUGUAUGCCUGCAACCAUAGGCUUUUGCAGAUCGGCUGCAACCUGGAGAUCCAGAAGGUUGCCUUUGCAUGACGAGGCUUAUUACAGACCAUAGUUUGUUCUUCUCAUCAUUUCUUCCCCUAGUAUUUUUUAGUCCACCAAAUAAAUGCAUUUUUUAACCUAAUCUUAGGUGUGGAAGCAAUAAGGCCAGAACUUUUAUAUUCUAUUGAUAUUCUUGAACUAACUAAACAGCAAUGAAGGCUGAUACUGACUGGCUAAUCCAAAAUAAAGAAAUAAAUAAAUAUAUAUAUAAACUCCAUUAAAGAAAAAAAAAUGCCGAGAACCUAGAUGGCUCUAAUACCUUGACGAUUUUUGGCGAAAAGUUUGUAUUGGAUGAGAAAUGUUACAAAGUGUUAUAUAGGGGCAAACACGAGAUAUUCUAGGUCAUUUUACAGCUGUAUAAUCCACAAAAAGUGAAAUUUUGUCAACUCCAUCUGUAAUUCCAAUCAUGUAGAUUCUGUCAUUGCAGCAAUUACAACCAGAUUUUUCACAGACAACUUUUCAUGCAAUCUAUACUUCCCUGCUUCUCUAUUUCUGCAUUCGAACCCCAAAUUAUAAAUAUUAGACGAUGUUAUUUCGAAAGAUUGUGAUGUUGUAUGCAAUUGGUAUUUAGUUCAUGCACUUUUUUAUUAAACAUUUUUCUGUCAAUUUUGAUUCGGUUAUACUCUCUCUUGAAGUUGAAUCAAUUUAGUUUGAUAUAUCGGAAAUGUUGAUGUAAGAACUGCAAACUUCAAAUUAUUGUAAUAUUGCCUGUCUUGUUUUGGUUCCUAAAUUCAAUUAUGCAUAAUCUUUGUCACUCUAUGAUUGUUAUUGGCAGAUAAGUUCAUUAUCUAAGUAUAGAUGUUUGUGCAGGCAAAUUACUUGAUACUCUAUGCUUGUCUAAAAGAGUAAAAAAAUAAUUUUUUGAUCAAUAUAUUUCAUGGUUACUGCGCUCCAGUAUGACAUGUUUUUCUUGGUCAUAUUUCAAAAAUUCAGGUUAACAUUGAUAUGUUGUAUAGAAUUGAAUACUUCCAAAGAUAUGGGUACGCUAACUUUACCAUGCAGACAUCGACUUGUCAUAGUUUCUUUGGAAGUAUACUUGUUUUCUAAAAUUUCAUAAUCCACUUGUAGUACUUGCCUCCUAGUUUCGUUCGAAAAGUGCGAAACGUGAUUGGUCAACCAAGCUAUCUGGAGGACUCAGCCGGACAACAGUGGCCAAUAACGAUAUCCAUUCUUAAUGGCUAUGUGGCCAUCCAGGAGGGAUGGCACAAAUUUGCCCAAGAUCAUCUUCUGGAAGUUGGAGACUUUUUGACAUUCUUCUACAUCAAGGGUAGUCACUUUGUUGUCCAAAUAUAUGGAAAAAGUGGGUUUGAAAAAUUGAAAUUUAAACGUCGAAGGGGCAGACCUAGGAAAAGGUCUAGUGAAGAAGAAGAAAUAGUGGUCCUGGAUGAACCAAUUUGGCCACUUAAUAUACAUUCGGGGGGGAAAACCGGAUCAAGCACUCCAGUUGCAUCUGAAUCUGAAUUUCAGCAUGGUCAAAGUACUCCAAAAGCACCUACUGCUUCAAAUUCUUGUAGUGACUUUGGAAAGAGGCAAAGUUUCCCCACAACUAUAAGCAAAGAUGAAUCAGUUCUCAUGUUAACCACAAAUGCUAGAUAUAAUCAAGGAGAAGACAGAACCUAUUUACAUGACUUAUCAAGCUUUGAAAUGGGGAGAAAUGAAUUCAAUCCUGAUAAAGCUAAGCAAUCUUCUCUAGGUGGAGAGAUAAUUCCUGAUCAUUCCCAAAUAAGAAAGCAGAUUGAAUCAACAGAUAAUGACAUUCAAAUGGCCAAGAACAGGGAAUAUCAGAUUAAUGGCCAUUAUAAUGAUGUUCUUUUUGGUGCUUUUCCAACAAAGUCUGCUGAAAAUAGUAAAAUGAGUAAGGGCAUGCCAAAUGUCCCCUCUGUUUAUCCCAUUGCUGAGAGAAACAAUGCAGUUCUAGAUAAUGAUACUCUGUCUUUAGGUAGUAAUAAGAGUACUGGAAGCAAUUAUACUGCAAUUCCCAAGUAUUCUGGCUGUUCAGUCUCUAUUCCAACGGUCAAGUUUUCAUCUGGUGGGGAAACGGUGGUUGCUAAGAAAGAGCGAGUCGAGAUGGGAAACGUAGCUUUUGGUCUUCAUCAAAGACCAACAGGUGGGUAUUGUGUUUGCUCUUUGAUCAUCAUUAAUUUGAUCUGAGUAAGAAAGAAAAAUCAAAUUGAGUUCAUGGAUUUCCCUAGGUCAGUUUAUGGGCCAGGACCUAACCAUUAUAGCACGAAGUGAUGGGAAUGAUGAUACUUGUGCAUGCAAAAGAUAGUGAAAAUUACUUUACGAGAUAUGAAAGAUAUUGACAGCAUUAAGAAAUCUACUCUAGGCGGAGAAAUGGUCCCUGACUGCGAC